UUUCUGCAGACUUUUUUUUCUGCGUCCGUUGGCUUUUAUUUUGAAACGUGUCACUUCCGUGUUGUUAUUUGUAUCACCGCUGACAUGUCUAAUAGAUGUGUUGUGUUCUGUGUUUUACUGACCGGAUUCUGCUUCAUUUCAUGGAAACACUCGUUGAUUGGUGUUAAAGAUGCUCUGAAGUUGGCUGGACGAGGGUUCAUAUUCCUGGGCAUCUGCACAUGGCUGAUUUACAUGUUCCCGAGGCUGAAAUAUUUCUUCUUUCCAGUGUGUCAAGAGCUGCCAGACAGCCCUCUGCUCGAAUCCAACAAACAGAAACAAGAGCAAGUUAGAAGAGUUCAACAACAUCAACACAAUGACAAGACAUCUGACUAUACUGAAAGUGUGAUAAAGCCGAGGAAGAACAUGUUACUCGAGCAGAGACUGGAACGAUACCAUCGGAUGACAGGAGAGACCUGGAAACUGAGCCAGGGUUUUCCAGUCGGGGGGGAAGAGGACCAGGAGUGUGGUGAUGCUGGUGGAGACGAGAAUCCUAAUCAGGGAGCCAGAAGGAGACGCAAGCUUCUUCAGACCGUUACCCAAGAUCCUGUCCAACAGGAAGUGCCCAAGCAGAAGAAGGUCAUAGUUUUGCCUGACGAGCCAUCAGCGGAUACUGAGGGGGUUGUAAAAAUAGCUCUAAGAUGUCCAAGCGGAAGAACGAUCUGCAGGAGAUUCCUCAAAACCUGGAGUUCUCAGCUGCUUCUUGACUGGAUGAUGAAGACAGGAUACCAUCCUGCUCUCUACACACUGUGUACAUCCUACCCCAGGACAGUGCUGAUGGCCGAGGCAGACGUGAGCCUGGCGGAGGCUGGCAUUCUCACCAACACAGUGCUUAAUGUGGAGGAGAAAGAGCCAUUCUUUACCUAAGAACACUUCUGUUUCUGAAAAGCUUUUAUUGGACUUAAUAGAGCUGGUUAUGGAUAUCAAUGUCAGUGCUGUAAUAUCAUGCACCAGUUGAUGGGACUUUAUUCUUUACAUGUGACAUAAUUGGGAUACAUUCAGUGCAAAUACUUUUCAUGUGCAAAUUAUGCAUAAUUUUAUGCUAAUACUAUAGUAAUUACAUAUAACGUGUAACAAAGAAAUCUUAAAAUAAAAAUGUUACCCAAAAUAAGUGUAACUGUAAUCUGUUACUUAGAUAAAAUGUGUGAGUAAAUAACAGUUUCUUAGCAAUUCUGAUAUAAUUAUAAAGGGGGAUACAUCUGAAUAUUUACUCUCUCACACACACACACACACACACACACACACACACUGAUUUAUAUCCAAAUUGCAUUGACUGCUUUAAAAUAUGAGACACCAAUGUUUCAGGAGUUUGGGGUAUAGAAUAGGACACAUACUAAUUAGAUUUUCUUUUUAGUUAAGUGUAUAUUGCUUUAUGUUUUAAUAUUAACUUUUUUCCCAAGGCAUUGUUUUAAUCCAGUGUUUCCUGUCAUAGCUGUGCAAGGAUUUGAUUUAUGUGAUUUGUUCAUUCUCUUUAACUUGUAAAUAAUUGACAAAAGUACAAAGAAAAGAUUUCAGAAGAAUACACUGACCAGCCUAAAUGUAUUUUAUAAAUAUAAACAAAUAUGUUUAAGAUGUUGAUGGCUGCAACACACUCCAAAAAAGUUGGGAAAGAGGCAUGUUUAACACUGUGUCACAUCAACCUUCCUUUUAAUUACAUUGUUUGGGAAUUGAGGAUACAUUUUCUUUUCGUUUUUAAAGCCAAAUUUUUGUCCAGUCUCGCUUGAUACAGAAGCACAGAGUCAGAUCUGGACUGUAGGUAGGCCAGUCUAACACAUUCCCUCGGUCUCUAUGAAGCUAUGCUGUUUUAGCACAUGCAGAAUGAGAGCUGGCAUUGUCUUGAUCUAAUAACCAUGGACUUCCCAUGAAAGACAUCAUCUUGAUGGUAGUAUAUAUCUCUGUACAAUCCCAAUAUAUGCCUUCAGUACUAUGUCAAUAGUACUUUCGCACAUAUGCCAGUUACCCAUGGUGCUCUGCUGCACCCCCAUUCCAUGACAGACGUUUUAUAUUUAUAUUUAACACGCAGCAUGGC